AUGUGGGUUGGGCGUGCUGAGCUGGGGCUAGGGCUGGGCGGACAGCACGGGGGCAACUACGUCGCGCUGCUGGGCAACAUCCUGUUCCCGCUCAUCGCCUUCGGCGGCCUGUUCUUCCUGUUCCGCCGCGCUCAGGGCGGCCAGGGCGGCGGCGGCAUGGGCGGCCCCAUGGGCGGCCCCAUGGACUUUGGCCGCAGCAAGUCCAAGUUCCAGGAGGUGCCCGAGACCGGGGUGACCUUCGCCGAUGUCGCGGGCUGCGAUGGCGCCAAGCUGGAGCUGGUUGAGGUGGUGGACUUCCUCAAGAACCCCGACAAGUACACCGCGCUGGGCGCCAAGAUCCCCAAGGGCGCCCUGCUGGUCGGUCCCCCUGGUACGGGCAAGACCCUUCUGGCCAAGGCCGUCGCGGGUGAGGCCGGCACUCCCUUCUUCUCCUGCGCCGCCUCUGAGUUCGUGGAGCUGUUUGUCGGCGUGGGCGCCAGCCGUGUGCGCGACCUGUUUGAGAAGGCCAAGGCUAAGGCGCCCUGCAUCAUCUUCAUCGACGAGAUUGACGCGGUGGGGCGCCAGCGCGGCAGCGGCCUGGGUGGCGGCAACGACGAGCGCGAGCAGACGAUCAACCAGCUGCUGACGGAGAUGGACGGGUUCGAGGGCAACACCGGCGUCAUUGUGCUGGCUGCCACCAACAGGCCUGAUGUGCUGGACCAGGCUCUCCUGCGCCCCGGCCGCUUUGAUCGCCAGGUCACCGUGGACCGCCCGGACGUGCAGGGCCGCGUGGCAAUCCUCAAGGUCCACGGCCGCGGCAAGGUGCUGUCCAAGGACGUCGACCUGGAGAAGGUGGCGCGCCGCACCCCCGGCUUCACCGGCGCCGACCUGCAGAACCUCAUGAACGAGGCCGCCAUCCUCGCCGCGCGCCGCGGCCUGCAAGAGAUCUCCAAGGAUGAGAUCGCCGACGCCCUGGAGCGCAUCAUCGCGGGCCCCGAGAAGAAGGGCGCCGUCAUGAGCGACAAGAAGAAGAAGCUCGUGGCCUACCACGAGGCCGGCCACGCGCUGGUCGGGGCCCUCAUGCCCGACUACGACCCCGUGACCAAGAUCUCCAUCGUGCCCCGUGGGGCCGCCGGCGGUCUGACCUUCUUCGCGCCGUCGGAGGAGCGCCUUGAGAGCGGGCUGUACAGCAGGACCUACUUCGAGAACCAGAUGGCCGUGGCGCUGGGCGGGCGCAUCGCGGAGGAGCUCAUUUUUGGGGAGGAUGACAUCACUACUGGCGCGUCUGGUGACUUCCAGCAGGUGACCCGCACCGCCCGCCUGAUGGUCACGCAGCUCGGCUUCAGCAAGGUGCUUGGCCAGGUGGCAUGGAGCAGCGGCGGCGGCAAUGCGUUCCUUGGGCAGUCCAUGGCCCAGCCCGCGGACUUCUCCAGCCAGACCGCGGACGAGAUUGACCAGGAGGUCAAGGCGCUGGUGGAGCGCGCGUACCGCCGCGCCAAGGACCUCAUCCAGUCCAACAUCGACAUCCUGCACAAGACUGCUGCGGUGCUGCUGGAGAAGGAGAACAUUGACGGAGACGAGUUCCAGCAAAUCGUCCUUGAGUCACAGGCGCAGCAGUACCUGAAGGGCGACGCGCCGGGCGUCACCAUCCCGUACCAGGCGGCGUAA